UCUCAUUGUUUACUAAGAAGAAACCCUAGUUUUAUUGCUCCGGCUCGCACUCCCCCGCCCAAAAUGGCCGCCGCAGCCGCUCGUCCGCUCGUCGCCGUUCAAUCUCUCGAAGGCGACAUGGCCACAGAUUCUGCGCCGACGGUGCAUUUACCUGAUGUGAUGAAAGCUUCCAUUCGUCCCGAUAUCGUUAACUUUGUUCAUGCGAAUAUCUCGAAGAACAGCCGCCAACCCUAUGCUGUGAGCAAGCGCGCAGGGCAUCAAACUUCCGCCGAGUCAUGGGGUACUGGACGAGCUGUGUCUCGUAUCCCCCGUGUUCCUGGUGGCGGUACUCAUCGUGCCGGUCAGGGUGCCUUCGGAAACAUGUGUCGUGGUGGGCGUAUGUUUGCUCCGACUAAGAUCUGGCGCCGAUGGCACAGAAAGAUCAACGUGAAUCAAAAGAGGUACGCUGUUGUUUCUGCCAUUGCUGCAUCUGCUAUUCCUUCUUUGGUUAUGGCCCGUGGGCACCGGAUCGAGUCUGUUCCGGAAAUGCCUCUUGUGAUUAGCGACUCGGCUGAAGGAAUCGAGAAGACCUCUGCUGCUAUUAAGGUUUUGAAGCAGAUCGGCGCAUUCCCUGAUGCAGAGAAGGCCAAGGAUAGCCACGCCAUUCGUCCGGGUAAGGGUAAGAUGAGGAACCGUCGCUACAUUUCGCGCAAGGGUCCGCUGAUUGUUUAUGGCACUGAAGGGGCUAAGCUAGUUAAGGCCUUCCGCAACAUUCCUGGCAUCGAAGUGGUGAAUGUGGAGAGGCUUAAUCUUCUGAAGCUCGCUCCUGGAGGUCACCUUGGGAGAUUUGUCAUCUGGACUAAGACUGCUUUUGAGAAGCUUGACUCCAUUUAUGGAUCUUUUGAGAAACCAUCUGAGAAGAAAAAGGGCUACGUGCUUCCGAGGUCCAAGAUGGUUAACGCUGAUUUGGCUAGGAUCAUCAAUUCCGAUGAAGUACAAUCUGUUGUUAAGCCCAUCAAGAAGGAUGUGAAGAGACCUUCAUUGAAGAAGAACCCUCUCAAGAACCUUAACUCCAUGUUGAGGCUUAACCCAUAUGCUAAGACUGCAAGGAGGAUGUCUUUAUUGGCUGAGGCACAGCGCGUGAAAGCUAAGAAGGAAAAGCUUGACAAGAAGAGGAACAUUAUCCCCAAGGAGGAUGCCUCAGCAAUUAAGGCAGCAGGCAAAGCAUGGUACCAGACAAUGAUUUCGGACAGCGAUUACACCGAGUUUGAGAACUUCUCCAAGUGGCUCGGUGUCUCCCAGUGAACUCGUUUAUCUUUGACAAUUUCAUAGACCUUAGUUUGUUAAUUAAAUUUUGUACGCUGCUGUUGGUGCCUUUUCCGUUUUGCGUCAUGGAGGGAAGUAGGUGGGUUAACGACCCCAACAAAGGUAAUAGUCCAUAUUAUAAAGGUUGGGUUCUAGAGCUCCUCCUACUUCCUUGCCUCCUUUCUUGUCUUGGUGGAAGAGUAUUUAUUUUUGGAAAUGAAAUUGAACAUCUGAAGAGCUUAGGAGGUUGCAGUUCAGUUUUUUGUUUUACACUGUCAACUUAUAUUUUAAUUUUGAAUAUUUUGUUUACUAUUUGAUGA